UUUUUAAAAGAGAGGAAGGGUCUCUGGACUUUCACAUCUGAACACCUGAGCAUUGGCGCCACCUGCUGCUCGAGAUGACCCCCACCGCGCAGUUCCGCUUCCGGCUUCAGCUCCAGCUGCUGCUGUCCGGCGAGCCAUGAGCAGGUUUGGGGUUCUGAUGUUCCUCUGAAGCUCUGCAGGUGUGAUGAGAAUCAGUCCGAGCUACGCUGUGUGCUCUCUCGUACUCGGAGGUGUUUUAGGAAGAAUGUCGUCGUCGUUGGUGUCUGGGCUUCAGGACAGGAGUGUGAUCUGGGAGACGUCAGAGCUGUCGGCGCAUCUGCACUCCUCCCCAUGGACUCCAGGGGUCGCUGUCGUCACCCAGAAGAGCUUCGGCGGCACUGCCAGCCUCUUCCACUUACCUGAGGAUGCAUUUCUGCAUCUGCUCCUGGGCGCAAGAUCCGUCGCGCACCAGCUGUGUGAGAGUCUGGCGGUGCAGCGCUGCGCUUUGGUCUAUACUCCGCACAAACGGGCCGGAGCCGAACUCCACGUGGUGCCGCUCCACGGCCUGCAGUCAGAUUGGAAACCUCACCUCGCUGCGGAGGAGGAUUUCCAGGCGUACGAUCCCGGAUACGUCAGCUCCAAGAGCGGGACGCGCUGGACGGAUGAGGAUCUAGACGCCAUCAGUAGCAAAAUCCGGGCUCAGCUGCCAAACCCGAACGCGGCGCCCAACUACACCUUUCUGGGUGAUCCGUCCGACCCCGGGCUGUUCCCACGCAUCGUGCGUGGAGAAGAGAAGCAGUGGAGAGUUUGGGAAGAUGAAGAGCAUGUGGCCUUCCUCACGCCGUUCCCCAACACGCCCGGACUGACCGUUCUGGUCCCGCGGAAGCCCCUCUCCAGUGACAUCUUCCGGCUGGAGGAGGGCGACUAUCGGCGGCUGGCGCUGGCCACUCGGAAGGUGUCCGGGCUUCUGGAGGCGGGGCUUGGCGCCUGGGGGGUGGGGCUUAUUUUUGAGGGCUUUGAGAUUGAUUACGCUCAUGCUAAGCUGAUUCCGCUUGUCUCUUCGCCUGAUGAAGCGGAGACGAGCCUCAGCUGUCCGGCUCCGGAGUUCUUUGACCGCUAUCCGGGUUUCGUGACGUCCGUCAGCGGUCCGCCAGCCAGCAGGGAGAGUCUCCACGAGAUCUGUGCCAGAGUUACCCCGCGCUAACUAGGGUUGCAAAAAGUACAUUUCGGAAACAUUCCAAUAAUUUUGGAAAGUUUCCAGGUUUUUUUUUUUUUUAAUCAUCCGGGAAUUUUUGGAAAGUUUCCGGAAAUUUACCGGAAAUAUUCCACCCCUCUUCAACCCUAGCGCUAACAGCUUUCUAUCGAAUUAAUCAGCAAUGUUUAUAGGAAUGGCAGAAAUAACUAGUGUUUGACCGAUAUAUUGCCAAGGCCGAUAUAUCGGCCGAUAUUUGACAUUUUUCAAAUAUCGGCAUCAGCCGAAGUGUUCGAGACGGGACCUUUAUUUUGUCAGCACCUGAUCUAACACACUACAAAAAAUGAUUUCCUUCCUUAGUAUGUUUGUCUUGUUUUCUAGUUGAAAUAUCUACAAAUUCUGGAAUUAAGAUAUGUUUACUUAACAAGUAAAAUUACUUAUUUUGUGUUGUUUUCUGAAAAUAUUAUUCAAAUUUUGUUAGUUUUUGCUUAAAACAAUCAAAAAUAUUUGCCAAUGAGGUAAAACAAAUAAUCUUGUUCAGCCUUUGAAUUAAGAUUGUUUCUUACCCCAUUGGCAGAUACAAAUGGAACAGCACUGGCGGUGUAUUUACAAUAAAAUGAAAUAUGAUGGCAAACACCACUGCCUCUUGUCAUUUUAACAUAUUAAU